AGAAAAUUCUAGAUUUUCUUCAAUAUUUAUAUUGUUUUGAAUGAAAAUGACGGUUAAAAGCAAAGUUAAGGAUAAACUGCAAGAUGAGACUCUUGAUUUGAGCUGGUGUGACCUUACCGAGGUGCCUGUUAAGGAGAUUGCAACAAUUAAGAAAGCCUCGCACUUGGAUUUGUCCAAUAAUCAGUUGGUUUCCAUUCCUGAAACAAUUGUUAGUUUAACGCAUAUUGUUAAACUCGAUCUCAGCAAAAACCUGUUAACUGAAAUACCUGAGAAUAUUGGAGAAAUGAAACAGUUGAAGUAUUUGGAUUUGUACAGCAAUCAGAUCAGUAGAUUGCCGCUGAGCAUGGGUGAUUUGAAAAAUCUCAAAUGGUUGGACCUAAAAGACAAUCCACUGACAUCAGCUGUUGCCAGUGUAGCUGGCCCAUGCAACAAUCUUGCCGAAUGCGUGCAGUGUGCUCGUAGUAUCGUAUCGCACCUGAGUCGAAUCAGGCAAACCGUCGAGGAGGAGAAGAAAAGAAGAAAUGAAGCAUCGACAGCUGCAAGUGCACCUGCUCCAACGAAUAAAAAAGAAAAGAAGAAGAAAAAGAAGAAUAAUGUGAAGGAUGAGAAACAGAAUCAGAAGGAUGGUGAUGGAAAAAUUUCAGCGAGUCAUGAGGGGGCUAUUGAUCACACAUCUCAGCUUCGUGAACGGAACAGGGGGAAAUCGGGUGAAUCAUCAUCAGAAGGUGAGGGGGACAGCGGGUGCUCACUGUUGUCUGCAACAUUCUCAUUCAUUAUCGUGUUAGGACUGAUAUCGAUCUGCAUAAUAAUUCUUCUUCCGAAAAUGAAUUCACACUACUCAGCUUUCAUCGUUGGCUAUCUUGAAAAUCAGACGACAUUACCGGUGGGGGAGUACCAGAAAUGGGGAAUUGAAAAGUUUGAUGUGUAUUCAGAAGUUGUGAUGGCAUUUCUAGGUCGUAUGAAAACACUAGUAUCAGAGAUUUUUGCUAAAAUAAUUGGCGAGCAGCACAAAUGUUGCGGCAAUUGAUUGAAAAAUAUCAAUUAAGUAUCUCCUGGAAUGAAGAUUGUCUUCUCAUUUCCGACUGAAUGCAACUGAAUUUAAUUGUGUAAUUUAAUAGAGAGAGACAUUUGUUACCGAAAUAAAAUUAAUAUCACUCAAUCAAA